CCAUUGAUGUUUGCACAGUAGGUGUGGCAGCUCGGCAGGACUGACUGACUGUUGCUGCACUUUUGUGUAUGUCUGAAACAAUUUGAAUCAGGGACCUUUUUUUUUCCGCCUUAUUUGUCAGAAGCAUGUCAUUUGGGUUUUACGAGCUGUGCGCCUGGGCAGAUCAUUAAGCUGCAGGGAAGUGACGGUGGUUAAAGUUUGCCAAAGUCGAACUGCUAAUCAGCGUCUGGCCCUGUUCCUCUCAGACUCUGAACCGGAGUGGGGAUAAAGCAAGAGGCAGCCACCUGAGCAACAGGUACAGCUGAACCAUGAAGAAUUACCGUCAUCGACUCUGUGAACAGCUGCUUUUCCUUUCUGUUGCACUAGUACUACUCACGGAAAUUAAUGGAAAACUUCCAAAAGGACCUUUGAAGACAAUGGAUCUGACUGUUCUUGAGGGAACCACUGUCCCGUUAAUGAUAUAUCUGUUUACAUCAAGUAACAGUGCUGUAAAAACGUUUAAUAUUACGGAUGGAGUCCAAGACACCCUACGAAUUGAAGACGGCCUAUUGUAUCUCAAUAAAACCCUGGAUCGUGAAACACAAGCUGUCCACAAAGUACAGAUAGAAGGUCUCAAUGAGAAACAAGAGGUGGUUGAAGGACCUGCCAUGGUGACAAUCAUAGUUCAAGAUAUAAAUGACAACGAACCUGUAUUUGUGGAGAGCAAGUAUGAAGGGAUCGUGUGGCAGAAUUCCAGACCCGGCAAGCCAUUCAUGAAGGUAGAAGCCACGGAUUUGGAUGACCCCGAUACUCUUAAUGGUCAAAUCCAGUACAGCAUCCAAAGCCAGCUGCCCAAAACUGAAUUUGACUUUUUCCAGAUCGAUAAAGAAACUGGGAAAAUUUCCACCACUCAAGCAGGAUAUGAGUCACUCGAUCCAUUAAAGGAAAGUGAGUACAAUGUGAUCGUUGCUGCAAAGGAUGCUGCCAAAAUACCUCUCAGUACAAACGUAGUGGUAACGAUUGCCGUAAAAGAGAAUCUGUGGAAGUCACCUGGAGAAAUAGAUGUUGUGGAGAAUUCUACUGGUCCAUUCCCCCAGGCAAUCACAAAGGUGCAGUGGAAUAAACCUGGUGCAAUAUAUGAGCUGAAGCCAAAGGACAAGAGGCUUUAUCCCGACUUUCCAUUUGUAAUUGAUGCCAGCGGUGACAUUAAUGUGACCAAACCACUGGAUAGAGAAGAGAUUAGUGAAUAUGUGCUGCUGGCAUUCGCUCUGGAUAAUAAUAGAGAACAGCUGGAAGACCCAUUGGAAAUUGCGGUCUCUGUUAAGGAUAUCAAUGACAACAGACCAUUUUGUCAAGAACAAGUGACAUUCCUUGAGGUGCAAGAAAAUGAACAAAGAGGAAGCGUUAUUGGAACUGUAAUCGUGAAGGACUUUGAUGAAGAUGGGACAAAGAACUCCAUGCUGAAGUAUAAAAUCAUUGAUCAAGAGCCAAAGAUUCCUGCACCUGACAUGUUCACGAUUGGUGAUUAUGAUGGAAAUAUCCAACGUUUCAAUGGGAUGCUGGAAAAGAAAAAUGCACCCGACUACAUUAUAAGAGUCCAAGCCACAGAUCAAUUGGGAGAUGCGGGAGGUCUAAGCACCGUAUGCGUCGUCAAUAUCUCCGUCAUUGACAUCAACGACAAGAUCCCUAUCUUUGAAAAAAUGGAGUAUGGUUCCAUCACUUUACCAGAAACCACUCAAUUAGACCAUAUUGUAAUGGAAAUCCAGGCUACAGAUGACGAUGAGCCUUUAACAGGAAGCUCGGAAAUACUGUACACGGUUGUGGAUGGAGAUGAAAAUGGAACGUUCAAAAUAGUAACCGAUGAACAUACAAAUAGAGGCUUUGUACGAUUAUCUAGGCGCCUGGACUUCGAAACGCAUCCAGUUUAUAGAUUAAACAUCAGUGCGACAAACCCUGAACCAUUGGUCACUGGAGUGUACUACAACACCAGCUCAUUCACUUUACUGUUUGUUAAUGUGACCGAUGACGAUGAACCGCCAUGUUUCAAGGAGCCUUUAUAUCACGUAUGGAUAUCUGAAAAUGCCUCCAAAGGAGAUUUCUUGUUUAAGGUGGAGGCUGUUGAUCCUGAAGGUGGUAACAUAAGUUAUCAUCUAACACACGAUCCACGCAAAUGGUUCAAGAUUGACGCCGAAACUGGGGAGAUUUUUGUAAAUGGUGAUGUUGAUGCGGAGAAGGAAAGAAUCUACAAAAUGAUUGUCACCGCAAUGGAGAAAGAUGAUCCGAGGAAAAAAUCUACGGUGGACAUCUACGUUAAUUUACGAGAUGUUAAUGACAACCGUCCCAAAUUAGCGGAAGAUACCUCGUCAUUUUUCAUCUGCAUGCCAGGCGAUGAAGAAAAGGAAGUGACUAUCCGUGCCGUUGAUGACGAUAUAGAACUAGGUCCUCCAUUCAAGUUUUCUUUGGGUCAAGUACAUGGAAAAGCGCUGAAAAUGUAUCCAAUAAAUGAUACUCACGCCUCCGUCACCUUGAAGUUUGGCAAACAUGAGGAUGAAACGCAAUACAAGAUUUCUGUGGUGAUUUCUGAUAGUGGCACCCCGCCUCUACAAGGAAACGAUUUCAUGACAGUUCAAGUGUGCAAGUGCACAGACAACAAAGUGUGCUUCAUUCCCGUGGAAAAUGAUUCCUCUUAUUCCAAAGUUGGACUUGCAGUUGGAGUACUCCUUGGAACGGCCGCUCUUAUAGCUUUGAUCCUCUUGUUUGUGUUUUUAAAAAUGAAACCGAAAAAGAAGGAAAAAACCGAUCCAUAUCGACUGGAGCUUACUAAUAAGGAAGCUGAGCCCUUGACGACUGCAUAACGGCAGAUUUUUACCUGUCCACUCCACGGGAAAGAAAUGAUCUCACAGGGUCAGCUUGCCAACUUAUUGAAGACCCCGUCACAACUUCAACCAGGGAUUAUUCUUUUUUACCGUGCAAACAAGUUUGAAACACUAAAAUAACUUUCGAUUUUUACCAUGGCGCACACAUCUAUGAAUAGAAUCUCACAGGACCUGAAAAGAGCGUAGGGUUGUGUGCUUUGUGUGCGAUCAUUACAUUACCCUCUGCUGUUAUUAUCAUUACAUUAUACUUGGAAUAUUACCCAUAAGAGUCAUUUUCCAGUGUUUAAAUUUCCAUCUUAUUCGGACUGACAAUGCAGGUUUUUUAGAGUUUUGUUCGGCUCCGCUGAUCUGCACAAUUUAUUAUCAAUUAAUUUGGGAUUGAGAAAUGGUCUGUACCCCAAAUAUUUCAUUGCCAAAAAGAAAGCAGUCAUUGUUCAUUUAAAUACUUUAUUUGUUAAAUAAUCAGGGAAAAUUUCUCAAUGAACGCAAUCUUCAUCCUGACGUGGGGCUUCAAAUCUCUGUUUCUUUUUGGCUUCGGAGAUGAAAUGAUCAAGGAUUUAUAGUUUUUUUUUACAAAAUGCCUGUUUACUUUUGUACAUGACUGUUUCACACCUUGCAUCAAUUCCAUUCUGAUGAAGUCACUACAAUGAUGUAAUGAUACAAUUUGAAAUGAUUUUUACUUUUCUUCUGUGAUUUAUGUGAUUUAUGUUUGAUUUGUAAGGAACUUGCUAAAAAAGCCUUCGCACACGCACAAUAUGUGACCAUUCUGACCCUGAUAGGUGAUCUGAUCUGAGGUUUAGUUUAGUUUAGUUUGGUUCAGAGACAUGUAGUGCGGAAACAGGCCCUUCGGCCCACCGAGUCAGCACCGACCGGCGAUCCCCGCUAUCUUACACACGCUAGGGACAAUUUACUUU